ACGUAGGACACUCCCGACUCUAGCCUCCUGCGGCUUCCGCAUCCUCCGCUUCGUGUCGUCUGCCCUGCUGCCCAAGCCUCCGGAGGUUCUAGCGGAGCCGGCUCACUCUCGCGACACCGCCGCGGCCUCCGGCUAUAUAUGGACGGCGAGGAGGCGCCCCUUGGCGCGCUCAACCUGGCUGAGUACGCCCCCGCCGGCGCCCGCACCGUCGACUGCUACAGGCGCAUCCGCAAGAUCGGCGAGGGCACCUACGGUAGAUGUUGAGUGGCCGUGGGAUCGUACGGCCGGCGGCGGAAUGAUGAUCCGUUUGGUCCAUGGAUGCACGAUUCAUGGCGUACUUGGAGCCAAUUGUCGGCGGAGACUUUGUUGAGGUGUUUGAAGCUGUGGAUAUUAUUACUGGGGAAAGAGCAGCACUUAAGAAAAUAAAACUGGAUGAUGGCAAAGAAGGGUUUCCACGCCAAAUCUUGCGUGAGAUUAAACUAUUAAAAAAGCUGGAUCAUGAGAACAUCAUCAGAUUGAAAGAGAUUGUAGUAUCUCCUGGUUCUGCACAUGGAACAGGCGGAUCAGAUGAUCACAUCUAUAGGGGAGAUAUCUACAUGGUGUUUGAAUACAUGGACCAUGAUUUGAAGAAAGUAUUGCACCAUAGUGCCCCAUCCCAAGUCAAGGUUUAUAUGGGGCAGCUGCUAAAAGGAUUGCAGUACUGCCAUGCCAACAAUGUACUUCAUCGGGAUAUCAAAGGGGCUAAUCUUCUAAUAACUGGUGGUAAGUUGUUAAAACUCGCAGAUUUUGGCCUUGCAAGGCUGUUCACUAGAGACGGAACUUUAACAAAUCAUGUCAUCACUUUAUGGUACCGACCCCCUGAGUUGCUUCUUGGUGCCACAAGUUAUGCUGAACCUGUGGAUAUUUGGUCUGUCGGUUGCAUAUUUGCAGAAUUUUUACUUAAGAAACCAUUAUUUCCUGGCAGAACUGAGCAAGAGCAGUUAUCAAAAAUAUUUGAACUGUGUGGAUCUCCAAACGAGGAAAGCUGGCCAGGUGUUUCCAAGCUACCAUUGUAUAAGACAAUGACUAUCCGUCCUGCGACUCCUACCAAACGAAGCCUGAGAGAUAUUUUGCAGAACUUUGACUGUCCUGCAGUUGAAUUAAUUGAACGGAUGUUGAUCCUUAAUCCUUCACAGAGGAUUUCUGCACAAGAUGCUCUUGGUGCGGCAUACUUCAUCAACUAAACUCAUAUGGGGGUGUGGGGUGUGUGUGUGUGUUGGGGGGGGGGGGGGGGGGGGGGGUAUAGAUUCGCUGUUCUUUUCGAGUGCGACUAAGUUUUGUUUACCUUGUCAGGAUGGGUCUAGGGAUCUCUAAUUGGUGUAAGUACUACCUGAAGACUGAAAGUCUUGUUUCUCCUGCUGACAUUGGAUUUAGGACUAGCAAGCAGUUUAACUUUCUCUGUUCUAGCUUUAAACAUAAUAUAUAUAGAUGCAUUGUACAUUAUUACUCAUGGGGAAAAAUGUAUUUGAUUAUUAAUUAAUAGCAAGUGAUUCUUGGUAUAUUUUCAUA